AUGCAGUGCUCCGAUAUCUACGACGUAUUCACAGACCGGUGUCGGAAGUAUCAGGAAUAUCCAAGACUACAACUUGGAAAACAGAAGCCACAAGACGCGUACUAUGGAGAACAACAAUGGAAAAAUCUCCAAAUCAAGGAGAACAUAUUGUUUGACAGCAGUCGAUCCAGAAUUGACUUCUGGGAAACUGGUAGACUGAACAGAUUUCCUGAAAGAGAAAUUUCAGUUCAAGAGUUCGACAAGCUUUGGCAACACCUUCAACGCAGUGAAAAAGAUCCUCAUGUUCGUCAUCUCUUUCUAGAAUCAGACGGAUCAAGAGCGCCAAUAAACUGUUCAAUGGACAUGUUCAAACUCAUCUGCACGUAUCACCAAGUCUCCCCCUCGUUUCUGGAAUCCGCAUAUACAUUUGGAGACUAUGACGACCAAAUCGACCUCUGCCUGGCUCACUUCAAGGCAAAAGAUACUUUAAAAUUUCCUUCUCAAGAAAUAUCAGAGUUGAGAAGACUCGGACGUUCUGGGCGAGAAAUACGAUUCUCAUACCUUCUCAGAUCUGUUGAAUACUCGGAAGACAGCAUGAACGGAGUUUGGGGCUGGCAAAUCCGACAAGCCACGAAUUAUCACUCGUUCGAUGUAGAGACAGGUCGAGCCUUUUGGAUUACUGUUAAAGGCAAUGAUCUGUUUCAGGAUCGCAUCAAGCGUGUUAGCCCUUUUAUCGACAUCCCUCCAAAGACGGCGGUGGAGGAAGGCGAUGUGUCGCCCUACUUGAAGGCGUCUCUUGCUACACACAUUGUCUAUCUGUCAUGGUGUGAUGAGAAUUGGCGUCAAUACAUCAAUGACGUCGAAGAAGAUGUAAGAAAGAUCGUCACACCCGCUGGCGGCGUACUUGUAGACGACCACAUCGAGGCCAGCUCCAACAAUCUAGGCGCAUAUCCGAAGUCUCUGAGGGAAUCAAGAUCAACGACACUCUUCUCGAAAAGCCAAUCUAGGUCUAGUACGAUGUUAACUGAUUCUGCAAAAGGCAAAAAGCCCAUUCUUUCCCGCGUGUUAAGUGCAACAAACUCGACCGUAAACUCUUGGUUGGGAAGGGAGAACAGUCAGAUAUCUGACCCAGAAAAAGGCGUUGCUCGGCCAGAUUGUGCACCUAACCAGAGUGCUGAAUCGAUCCCGUUGGACCCUCGUGGUAUGUUGAACAAGUUCCGCUUCAAGGAUAUGCAGACUCUUCACAAACAUUCCGAGACCAUUCAGAGAGCGAUGCUGGUCCUUGACCUGAACAUUGGUGUUUUACGCGACAUUCAUGACUAUUACGGCAAUGUAGCUGAAACCGAGUUCAAAGACAAAGCGGCAUGCAAAGAAGCCAUAGAGUGUUUCCAGAAAGAUGUCGUAGAGAUUAGGAGGAUGCUUGAAACGCGCCUGAAGCAACUGAAAUGUCUAAUUUCGACCCUGGCUCAGAACAUAUCUUUGUAUGAGAGAGUUCUUCAACAACGAACGAACCACAUUAGCACCAUGUUUGCCGAGAUUGCCCAUCAGAAUAACGAGAAAAUGCAAGACAUAUCGGAUAAGACAGCCAGACAAACGACCUCAAUGCACGUCAUCACCGUGGCGACACUUUUCUUCCUACCUGCUACAUUUGUUGCAGUAAGAGCAACUUUCCCAACUAUUUCAAACCUAAUCUGA